CAUAUCAAUAUAUGUACAUGUAUGUACAAUGUAUUAUAUCUCUAAAGUGACUUACAUAUUUAUCCCUUUAUUUUCAGAUACAUAUAUAGAUUUAGGAUGAGAUGAAUAAUUGUUUAUCAUUAAGAAGGCAUAAUGUAUGUAUGGUAUCAGAUUUUUUCUACCCAAACAUGGGAGGAGUGGAAAGUCACAUCUAUCAACUAUCUCAGUGUCUGUUGGAAAAAGGUCACAAGGUCAUUAUCAUGACACAUUUCUAUGGUGACCGAAAGGGAGUCAGAUACCUCACAAAUGGUUUAAAGGUUUAUUAUUUGCCAUUUCCAGCUUUUUAUAAUCAGUGUAUACUACCAACCAUAUAUAUCACAUUUCCUCUGGUGAGGAACAUUCUCAUCAAGGAACAGAUCACCAUAGUACAUGGACAUUCUGCAUUUUCUACAUUAGCCCAUGAGACGAUGUUCCAUGCAAGGACCAUGGGACUGAAAACAGUAUUUACAGACCAUUCUUUGUUUGGAUUUGCUGAUGCCAGUUCAAUACUCACAAAUAAAAUUCUGCAGUUUUCAUUGGCUGAUUGUAAUCAUGUGAUAUGUGUGUCCCACACAAGUAAAGAGAAUACAGUGUUAAGGGCAGGGCUAGAUCCCAAAGAAGUUUCUGUCAUACCAAAUGCUGUUGAUGCAACCAUGUUUGUGCCAGACCCUUCUAAAAGACAUCCUGGCAAAAUAACAAUAGUUGUAGUCAGUAGACUUGUAUACAGAAAGGGAAUGGAUUUGCUAGCAGGAAUUAUCCCAGAUGUGUGCCAAAGUCACCCAGAUGUACAGUUUAUUAUUGGUGGAGAUGGUCCUAAGAGGAUUUUAUUAGAGGAAGUAAGAGAGAGACACGAGUUACAUGACAGAGUUAUAAUGCUUGGCAUGUUAGAGCAUAGGAAAGUCAGGGAUGUUUUAGUACAGGGAGAUAUUUUAAUCAAUACUUCACUGACAGAAGCUUUCUGUAUUGCUAUUGUAGAGGCUGCUUGUUGUGGUUUACAGGUUGUGAGUACAAAAGUAGGAGGAGUGCCUGAAGUAUUACCACCAGACCUUAUCUACCUCGCUGAACCAAAUGAUCAAAGUUUAAGAGAAGAAUUAGAGAGGGCUAUAGCUGACAAAAGGGCAGGAAGGAAUGUUCCUCCAUUUGUGGCCCAUAAUAGAAUAAAGUUACUAUACACUUGGAGAGAUGUGGCACAUAGAACAGAGAGAGUUUAUAAUAGGGUAGCAGAUUUAGUGGAGAGAGAAACCAAAGAGAGAUUAUCUAGAUACUAUAGUUGUGGACCUCUGUCAGGAAAGCUUUUUGUUAUAGCUGCAGUAUUAAAUAUCUGGUUCAUGUGUUUUCUGCAGAUCUUUCAGCCUAGACAGAAGAUAGAAAUUGCUCAAGAAUUACAUAGACCACAUAUUUUCAAGAACUUUACAAACCAGAAAAAUCAGAAAGAAGAACAAAGGUCACAAAAACGAACAUUAUCAGAAUGUGAAGACAGUUUAACAAAUGGGACCACAUCAAAAAUUUUGAGACGAUCAAAUAGAAAGAAAAGAAAAUCAAAACAAGAAUUAUGAUGUUUAUCUGUGAUAGGUCUAUUUUUUUUUAUAUUAUCUUAAUUAAUUAUUCAUACAUGUUAUUGAUAGUACAGUAGUAUGAAUUUAAAACAUUUUAAUUUAAAUAGCAUUUUUAGCAGGUGCUGGUUUGUCACAAACACAGAGUCCUUUUACAUCAAUCAAAAGUAAAAUGCAUUUUAUUUUAGGCAAAUAUAAGUAUAGAUACAUAAUGUGUUGAUAGCUACUUAGUUUAAGAUUGAAAUUACCAAAAUGUUAAGUUUAUUUUAUUACAUCUUUAGUAAUAUAGUUAUUCAAAAACUUGGGUCUGAUAAUUACAUUUCUAUUAAUAGAUAAUUACAUUUCUAUUAAUAGAUGGGUUAUUUUUGUUUUAAGAUUUUACCUUAUAGUAAGCUCACAAUUUAGUAAUCAAAUGUUUCAAGUAAUUAAUUUUUUUUAUUAUUAUUCAUAUGUGCAGUCUAAGACAUUUUCCAUGAUUAAGAAACUUCUUCAAAAAUGAUUAUCAAGAAAAAUUAAAAAGAACACAGAAUAGAGCAGUUUUUACAGAAUUAGUAAUCUGAUGUUGGUGUCUCAGGUUGAUACGGGUAUGUUAUUGAAAAAGUCAUAUAAUAUUCUCUAUUUAUUUUACCAAGCAGUCAAGGUAUUUCGUCAUGUUCAUUGCAACCAAUUUAAUGAUUUGUGUCAGUUGUAAAAAUAAGGAGAUGUGGUAUGAAUAUCAAUGAGACAGCUAUCCACCAGAGUUCAAAUGACUUGGAUAUAAGCAAUUAUAGGUCACUAUAUGGCCUUCAACAAUGAGAAAACCCAUAGUCAGCUAUAAAAGCCAUUGACAUGAAAAAUGUGAAACAAUUCAAACAAGAAAACUAUCUUGCAUUCUUUUAGAAUAGUUAUUAAAUUUAUUACAUUGACAUUAAAUAUAAAGAAAGUCAAAGAUUCAAUGGACUAUAUCUUUUUCUUAUUCUCAGUUUUCCAUUUUUGUUUUGAUGCAUCUUACUUGGCAUCUCCUGACGAGACCUCUAAUGUCUGAGGAAAGAAAAUACAAGAAAAAUCAGCUUAUAUGUGACUUGGAAAUCACAGUAUUUAAUUGCAAGUAAUGAAAUAUAUUUUUAUACAUAUCAGGGAGAAAUGACUGAACUUAAAUUUUAAUUUAACUUCACUAACAAAUAAGCAAAAGAUAACUUGUACAACAUUUGUGGUUUAGACAUGCCACAUCAGUGGGAAAUCUAGUGGCAAAAUAUAACCUCCUCUGUAAACACUGAAAACUAGACCUUUUCGAUGUUUGUCCUGUUUUAACAAGGAUGCUAUCAAUUAUAAAUUCAUUGGAAAAAGUUCUGGUAAAUAGUAAAAAUAGAAAUAAGUUGAAGUAAAAACAAAACUUCCAUUCAAUGUUAUCAUUUCCCUCCUGAAGUACUAAACCUUUAGUACAGAGAGCUAUAAGAGAUUGCUGUAAAAUUGGUUUAAAAUGUUGCUUUGCAAAUAAAUUCCUAGAGUAUCAACUUCCAUUUAUUUUUCUACUGGCUGUAUACCUUUCUGUAAAUAUUUCAUCGCCGGAAAUCUGUUAUUACACGUCGUUUAUAUUUCCCAAAUGGCUAAAUGCGCAGGAAUAUUGUUCGUGUACAACAAAUCUCUAUGAUAGAGGAAAUAAAGUUAUAUAUCUAAGUUGGCGGUAAUUUUACAACUUAUCUUGCCAAAUAAGGUUGUUGUUUUAUGAAUGAAACGAGGUCAUGAAACAGUUCUGGAAAUCGACGUCGAUGGGAUGUUUUAAGUAAUGUGGACAACUCGUCCCCGAGACAAGUCGGACCGAAUCCACUCGAACCGUCUAAGAAGACAACUUGGACCGCUUGUCAGAUUUACUUAGGGUUUCAUAAAAUGUUAGACUAACAUGUCUAGCGGAGCCAUCAAUCUUUUGUUUGUGCAUUGGGGUCUAUUUAGGGGUAUUUUGAGGGGCCUAAAGAAUGAAUGGGUUUAUUGUAGAACCCUAUGGGGUUUAGUUUUUAAAUUUUCAAAUGACUAUUUCUCGAAAACAGUAAGUGAUAGACACACGCGGUCUUCAGUAAUGAGUAAAGGACAAUAAAACAAAUCAAAUAAAGUAUAGGGCGAGUCCCUGGGGGUCAUCCCAACCCCCUUCAGUUUGAAAAUGUGCUUUUAUCUUGUAAACUAUCGCAAUCCCCACCCCUAAACCAUAUAUAUACUUGUAUGGGACAAUAAAACAAAUCAAAUGAAAAUAAUUUGGGGGAGUACCCGGUUUCACCCACCCCCUUCUGUUUGAAAACUUGUAAACGGUCGAGAUCCCCACCCUUAAACCAUAUAUAUUCAUGUAUGGGACAAUAUAACAAAUCAAAUGAAAUAUAUGGGGAGUCCCUGGGGUCAGCCCACCCCCUCCUGUUUGAGAACUUGUAAACGGUCGAGACCCCCACCCCUAAACCAUAUAUAUUUAUGUAUGGGACAAUAAAACAAAUCAAAUGAAAUAUAAGGGGAGUCCAUGGGGUCACCCCACCCCUCCUGUUUGAGAACUUGAAAACAGUCGAGAUCCCCACCCCUAAACCAUAUAUAUUCAUGUAUGGGACAAUAAAACAAAUCAAAUGAAAUAUAGUUGGAGUCCUUGGGGUCACUCCACCCCUCCUGUUUGAGAACUUGUAAACGGUCGAGAUCCCCACCCCUAAACCAUAUUUAUUCAUGUAUAGGACAAUUUAACAAAUCAAAUUAAAUAUAUGGGGAGUCCUUGGGGUCACCCCACCCCUCCUGUUUGCGAACUUGUAAAAGGUCGAGAUCCCCACCCCUUAACCAUAUUUAUUCAUGUAUAGGACAAUUUAACAAAUCAAAUUAAAUAUAUGGGGAGUCCCUGGGGUCACCCCACCCCCUUCUGUUUGAGAACUUGUAAACGGUCCAGAUCCCCACCCCUUAACCAUAUGUAUACAUGUAUGGGACAAUAAAACAAAUCAAAUGAAAUAUAGGGGGAGUCCCUGGGGUCACCUACCACUCCUGUUUGAGAACUUGGAAAUGGUAGAGAUCCCCACCCCUAAACCAUAUAUAUACAUGUAUGGGACAAUAUUAAAAACAAAUCAAAUGAAAUAUAGGGGGACUCCCUGGGGUCUCCCCACCCCUCCUGUUUGAGAACUUGUAAACGGUCGAGAUCCCCACCCCCUAAACCAUAUAUAUUCAUGUAUAGGACAAUAUAACAAAUCAAAUGAAAUAUAUGGGAAUUCCCUGGAGUCACCUCACCCUCUACUGUUUGAGAACUUGGAAAUGGUUGGGAUCCCCACCCCUAAACCAUAUAUAUUCAUGUAUGGGACAAUAAAACAAAUCAAAUGAAAUAUAUGGGGAGUCCCUGGGGUCACCCCA